AUGGAGAAUUUUGAGUUCUUGCUUAGUAUGGUUAUCUGGCAUAAUGUUUUAUUCGUUGUAAAUGUCGUAAGAAAAACACUUCAAGGGAAAGAUAUCGACAUAAAUGAUGUUGUUCAGAAAUUAAAAGGACUUAUAUCUUUUCUGGAAUCAUACAGGGACAAUGGGUUUGAAAAAGACUUGGAUGAAUCUAGAGUUAUUGCAACACAGAUGGGCAUUGAACCCGAGUUCCGAAUUAAGCGUUUUAUUUAUAAAAAGACGCCAUUCGGUGAGCCAAAAAAUGUGGAAGUACGUCAAUCACCUGAAGAAUCAUUUAGGGCUAAUUUUUUCAUAUACAUAAUGGAUCAAGCUCUUUUCUCUGUGAGGACUCGGUUUGAGCAGUUUCAAAUUUAUGAAGAAAAGUUUGGGUUCUUAUUUGAUAUGCAAAAGUUAACUCUUAUGGAUGAUCGGAAAUUGUUGAGUUUAUGUACUGAGCUUGAAAGUUAUCUGAAAGACGGAACAUCAAGUGAUAUCGACGGAGCAUACUUGUUUAGUGAAUUAAUGGUGAUGUCUUGUAUGUUACCGAAUGAGGUAAGAAAACCCAUUGAAGUGCUGGAAGAUUUGAAGAAUAUGGUUGGUUUAUUUCCAAAUGCGUGGGUAGCCUACAGAAUUUUGUUAACUAUACCGGUAACUGUUGCAACGGCGGAGAGAGUGUUUUCUAAAUUCAAGUUGAUCAAAAAUUAUCUUCGAUCUUCUAUGUCGCAAGAAAGAUUAAACGGGUUGGCUAUGUUGUCUAUCGAACACGUAAUGUCAGCAAAUAUAGACUAUGGAUCGCUUAUACAUGAUUUUGCAUGUGAAAACGUACGAAGAGAAUCGAUUUUCGAGUGA